GAAUAUUUAUCUAAUGUUGACGUCUUGAUAUAUAGUAUUUCAAAGGUUCUCGCAAAGAAGCCUCGAUGCUUCCGACUGCUUUCGACGUUUCGAGGAUUCGAUAUCGAAAAGGAAAACGCUCGCGGGAGCAGCGAAAACUGAAAAGGCGCGAGGCGCUAAGAGCAGCGUAGUGCGCUCGGAAAAAUUGGGUCGAUGCGCGGAAGAUGGCGGCCGUUGCGUGAUGCGCGUAAGAAGACCCGUGCCGUACCUCGUACUUGGGUUUUGCGAAAAACAUGAAAGAACGACGGUAAGGUGCGUAAACACACGCGGGACGCGACCCGUCGUAAAAAAAAAAACUCACUUACUCGCGUCAAAUCUUGGCCCAAUCGCGGUAAGUGUUGACGAAUUUGUUUACGAAAAGCGACAACGAGAGAGGAAGUUGUCUCUUGUGGUUUUCGGCUGUCGUCGAUCGUCGCCGUCGCCGUCGUCGUCGUCGCCGUCGCCGUCGCCGUCGCCGUCGCCGUCGCCGUCGCGAUUCUAGACAGCCUCGCGACUCGCGACUCCAAUCUCGAUCACAGAUCAGACAUCACGUCUAUCUAUUCAUUGUCAAUUUACUGCAGUGAACGGUGCAGCGGUGGGAAAGAAAAAUAAGAGUACAAACCCGUAACGGAUACACUCGACACUGGAGAUUAAGUGUUGCCGGACUUGGGCCCGGUGAGAAGAACAGUAGAGAUGCUGAAGCAAUUGCAGAUGGGGAUGAGAGCUUUCCUCUUAAUGGCCUCCCGUGUGUGGACCUGCAUCUGCUUUCUACUCAAGAAGCAGGUUAGAGCCAUCUCACAGAUGCAACCAGUCAAAUAUGAGAUCUUCCCGCUUUCACCUUUAUCUAGGCACAGACUUAGUAUAGUUAAAAGAAAAGUAUUAGUACUGGAUUUAGACGAAACCUUAAUUCACUCUCAUCACGACGGAGUAGCAAGGCCAACUGUCAGGCCUGGUACACCUCCAGAUUUUGUUCUUAAAGUGACGAUAGACAGACAUCCUGUUAGAUUUUUUGUCCAUAAAAGACCACACGUAGAUUUUUUCUUGGAUAUUGUUAGUCAGUGGUACGAGCUAGUAGUUUUCACUGCAUCCAUGGAAAUAUAUGGGGCAGCAGUUGCAGAUAAAUUAGAUAAUAACAGAGGUAUUUUAAGACGCAGAUAUUAUAGACAACAUUGUACGCCAGAAAUGGGUUCCUACACCAAGGAUUUAUCAGCAAUCUGUUCAGAUCUCUCUUCAGUUUUUAUUCUUGAUAACAGCCCAGGAGCUUAUAGAGCUUACCCACACAACGCGAUACCCAUAAAAUCAUGGUUCAGCGAUGCGGGAGACACUGCUUUGUUAAGCUUACUUCCAGUUUUGGACGCUCAUCGUUUCACGCAAGAUGUACGAUCCGUUCUUUCAAGGAAUUUACACUUACAUCAUACUUGGUAGCAUAGCCGAGAUUAAAUAAUAUACUAGAUAUUCUAGAGUUGGAACUAUUAGCAGUUUCAGUUAGUGUGUCUAGCCUAGGAUUAUUAUUGUUAUUAAUUAAUAGCAACACUAGGUCGCUGCCCGCAUAAUGAGAGAGCCCUCCCCUUCUUCAGUCUUUCUUUUUCUAUACUCGAACGGACAGCGGCGAGUAAAUACCGAAGGGAAUGGUAUUCAGCCAAUGUAUAAUUACAUAAGCACAAAGCAUCCUAGGAUAAUUCUUUAUAUUGUACAGUCCAUGUGUGCAGAAUCAUAAAGCAAUUUUUUUUACUUUUUCUGUAAGCCUUUGCCAAAGAUCAAGAUAUGAAAAUAAGAUAGAACCGCACUAGCCAGCAGGAUUUUUUAUUUUAGAUAUAUUUAAAACUUUUAUUUAUAUAUUUCGGCAGCACAUUAUGGAAGAUGAAUCAAUGAAAUAAAGUACUUUUGUUAUUGUAUAUUAUUAACCUAGGAUGUAUAUAAAGUGAGAGAGUGAGAGAGAGAGAGAGAGAGAUGUACCUAAGUCAAAUGGAUUUCGCUGUAACUCACUGUAUCAGUGAGGCAGCUGUCCUGGUUAUAUCUAAUAAAAAAAAGUAUUAAUAUAAAACCAGGAAAGAGUGAACAUCUAUUCUCGUCAAGACUUCUGCGAUAUGGAAUAUUACAUGUAUGAUCUGUAAGAUUGAUUGCGUUAAUGUGCGCUCUUAUAUGAAGAGUUAUAAUAUGUGACUCAUCAAUAUUUUGGUUUUCUCCACAUAAAACAGCUGCAAUUAAUAAAUAGAUAAACGAAAGAAUACGGUUUUAAAGAAAUGUGUUCAUAAAUAUCUUGAUGUAAUGUUCAAAUAUUCAUU